AUCAAAGAACAAAAGAUCAAAAAUCGUAUCGAAAAAUUAAUGGAGAUGAAAUAUUUUAUGAUGAUAGUAUUGUUUUUUGGAGUAAUGGUGGAAGAAGGAAUGAGUCAAAAUAGGGAUUCAUCAUGUAUGAGCAAGUUACUCCCAUGUAUGAAUUAUUUAAAUGGAGCAAAAGGGGAUCCACCACAAAGUUGUUGCAAUCCAUUAAAAGAAGUAAUUAGAAAAAUGCCUGAAUGUUUAUGUCAAAUGGUAAGUAUUAAAGGGAGUAAAGCAGCAGAACAAGCUGGGAUUGAUGUUAAUGAGGCACAAAUGUUGCCUGCUAAAUGUGGACAGCCUGUUAAUUAUAUGGGGUGUCUUAAAGGUGCAUCAAAUUCUGCUGGAAACUCAAUGGGGAUCACUAUAAGCAUGACAGUAUUGUUGGCUGUUGCUUCUCUGAUUUCAUUUCAAUUUUUGUGAUAAUCAUCAUUAUAUUAUUACCUUUUUGUAUUAAUUGUUGAAUAUUGAAUUAAUUU